AUGCAAGCUAUGAUUGAACAACGAGAUGAUGACAUUGCUAUAUCGUCCUUCAUUAUUGGCGCCAUCUUCGCCGGCCUCAUUAAUAGCUGGUACAACGCCGCCUGGAUCCCAUGCUUCCUUUCAUACGAUUCGUACUGGCACGAGAGACUAAGGAGAGAAGUCGACGAAGUCGUGCUCAAGCACCGAAUUUCACGGUAUGAGACCGCAGCCGAUGUCCUAUCUAGGCUGUCGAUACGCGAGUGGGAGCAUGAAUUCCCACUUAUCGAACUCGGCCUCCGAGACUCUAUCCGCAUUGUCAUGACUGGUGCUUCAUUUCGAAAGAACAUCAGCGGUGGAGGCAUCAGAAUUGGCGACAGUGACGAGAUGAUCCCGAAUAACGCGUUCGCCGUAUGUUAG